AUGAAUCGUUUAUUAAACUGGAGGAUACUACGAUGCUACAAGAAGCGGAGACAACAGAAUGCCACCACCAACCUGGAAUCCUUGCGACGUGAUAUCGAAACAGACGUUCACCUACAAUCUGCGGAAGAUUUAUUGCAAAGUCUGCAAACCAAUGCAACGCGUGGCCUAUCCACGGUUGCUGCGCGCGAUCUCCUGAACAAAAGUGGACUGAAUGCACUGACACCACCGAAAAAGACUUCUAGCGUGUUGAAAUUCUUAAACCGUUGCUUUGGAGGAUUUUCCGCGCUGAUUUGGGUGGGUGCAUUGCUCUGUUUCUGCAAUUACCUGCUGGAACAAGGAACAUACGGCGAAGCGUCGAAGGAGCAUCUAGGAAUUGGUAUCGUGCUGGUCAGCCUAACUGUAAUCACGGCAAUUUUUAGCCAGUAUCAAGAAUCAAAGAGCUCUCGAAUCAUGGAAUCGUUCCAGCAAAUGGUACCGCAGAAAGCGAAGGUCCUGAGGGACGGUGAAAAGAAGGAAUUGAGCGUGGCCGAAUUGGUUGUCGGGGACAUUGUCCUUUUGGAAACCGGUGAACGAGUACCCGCUGACAUUAGAGUCCUGGAAUGUCAAGGUUUGAAGGUGGAUAAUGCUUCCAUCACUGGUGAAUCGCUUCCACUUUUGAGAACAGCCAACGUUCAUCCGGUAGAUAGCGUUCUCGAAGCGAAAAACAUGGUUUUCUUUUCAACAGACAUAGUGGAAGGAACCGGAAAAGGCGUCGUGGUAGCCCGUGGUGAUCACACGGUGAUGGGAAGAGUCGCAAAGUUGACAUCGAAGUUGGCACCAAGGCCAACUCCACUUUCCCGCGAGAUUCAUCGAUUUAUGAAAUUAAUCUCCAGUUGGGCGAUUUUCCUCGGAAUCCUGUUCUUCACUUUGUCCAUCGCUAUGGGCUACACUUUGAUCAACUCGAUGGUGUUUCUGAUCGGUAUCAUAGUAGCGAACAUUCCCGAGGGACUAUUAGCCACAGUGACCGCUAGUCUCACUCUAACAGCCAAGAGAAUGGCAAAUAAAAAUUGCUUGGUAAAACGUCUGAAAGCUAUCGAGACACUGGGAUGCACUGCUGUUAUCUGCAGCGAUAAAACGGGGACACUCACUCAGAAUAAAAUGACCGUGCGACACAUGUGGUAUGACGGUGAAUUGCGAGAGGUAAUGGCUUCCGACGGGUGGAGAAAAUACAUAAAGAAUCCAGGGUUUCAUAAUUUAGCUAGAGUGGCUAGUCUUUGUAAUCGCGCUGAAUGGGCACCCUUACCUAAAAACAAACCAAUGCCGCCUCUGCACAAGAGACAAAUUUUGGGGGAUGCUUCUGACGCUGCUUUGCUAAAGUGCAUGACAGUGCUGGUGAGAGGAGGCGUGAAUACUUACAGAAAAAGUUAUCCAAAGGUGUUCGAAAUACCAUUCAACUCAACGGACAAGUUUCAGGCCAACGUCCACGUGCAUCACAAGAGGCAUUUUGUUUGCUUGAAGGGUGCACCAGAAACAGUUUUGGAACGAUGCUCGACCGUAGCGUUCGGUAACGAGACAAGAGAACUGAAUGACGAAAUCAAGAACGCGUAUACGGAAUCUUGUUACAUUCUUGCGAAUAAUGGCGAACGGGUACUUGGAUUCGCGGAUCUCGAUCUGUCGCGUUCUGCUUUCCCUCUGGGUUUUCAGUUCAACGAGGAUCCACCAAAUUUUCCUCUUCACAAUUUGAGACUAAUCGGAUUGAUAGCGAUGAUGGACCCCCCGAGGCCAACAGUACCAGAUGCAUUGUACAAAUGUCGUUGUGCCGGAAUCAAGGUGAUCAUGGUAACUGGUGAUCACCCUGACACAGCGAAGGCAAUCGCGAAAUAUGUUGGUAUCUUCACCGACGAUAACCUCUUUCACAAUGACAACGACAAAAAGCAUUCGAUCGUGGUAACGGGGAUGGAGCUACGCGAUCUACAGUCGGAUCAACUGGACGGGAUCAUCAGACAGUAUCCUGAAAUCAUUUUCGCGAGAACAUCGCCUGUGCAGAAGCUUCAGAUAGUGGAAAGUUGUCAGCGGCUUUAUUUGAUCACUGCGGUCACUGGUGAUGGUGUCAAUGACUCACCGGCAUUGAAGAAGGCCGAUAUUGGUAUUGCCAUGGGAAUUGCAGGUUCAGACGUGAGCAAAGAGGUCGCUGACUUAGUUUUAUUAAACGACGACUUUGCAUCGAUUGUUACCGGAAUCGAAGAAGGACGAAGAGUAUUCGAUAACUUGAAGUCGAGCAUCGCGUACACCUUGGCUAGUAAUGUUCCUGAAAUAAUACCAUUCUUGGCGUUCAUUGUUCUUGGGAUUCCUUUGCCUGUGGGCGUGAUCUGUGUACUGUGCAUAGAUCUGGGUACCGACAUAUGGCCAGCUGUGUCUCUAGCUUAUGAAAAAUCCGAAUCAGAUAUUAUGUUGAGAAAACCGAGAAUACCCCAUAUAGAUCAUCUAGUCAGUCGUCGAUUGAUUUUCAUGGCCUACGGUCAGAUCGGCAUCAUCGAAACGUGUGCUGGAUUUUUCACCUAUUUCGUAGUGAUGGCGGAACACGGUUUCUUACCCAGCAGACUAUUAAACCUGCGUCCUCUAUGGGACAGCAGCGUCGUAAACGACUUGAAAGACAGUUUUGGCCAAGAGUGGACAUACGACCAACGCAAGGUUCUGGAAUAUACCUGCCACACUGCUUUCUUCGUCAGCAUAGUGAUCGUCCAGGUAGCCGACGUGAUGAUCUGCAAAACCCGACGGAACUCUCUUUUCCAUCAUGGCAUGCACAACUGGGUCCUCAACGCCGGGAUACUUUUCGAGCUCGUUGUAGCAUACGUUGUUUGUUACGCUCCGUACAUGGAUCAAAUUUUGAACACGUAUGCGUUGAAAUUCGAAUGGUGGCUACUGGCUGUGCCGUACGCUGUGAUCAUUUUGAUGUACGACGAACUUAGGAAGCUUUGGGUUAGGAGAAAUCCGCGUGGAUGGUGGGAUCGGGAAACUUGUUACUAAAUUUGGACUAAGUAAAAUGGGAGAUAAAUAUGAGAUGCAAGCCUAAAUGCGAAGGAGUAAAGAAAUAUAAACGAAAAGAUGUAUAUAAAUAUAUAAGAAGAUAUAUACAAAUAUAUCAUCUGAGAUGAAUGCAAAGAAGAAGUCUUCAAAGAAGAAGAAAAUCUGAAGAAGAUAAACAUAAAGCAUAGAUCCAAAGAAAUUAAACAUGAAGAAGUAUAAAUUUAAAAAAACAUAAAGUAGGUCCAAAGAAAAAUGCAGAGGAGUAUACAUAUAAAUAAAAUGGAAGCAAAGUCUAUAAACGACAAAUAAAAAAGUGUAUCUCAUCUUAACCGAAACAAAAUGGCCUCCUGGCAGGAAGAAAUAUGAGGGAAAUGUAAACGCAAGAGAUUGACCGUGUCUGCCGAUAAGCUUUCACGAUUUUCGAUACUUUAUGGUGAAAAAUGGCCAAAGGAGGUGCGUUGUUUGAUGUACAGUUAACUGGAUGCAUCUUUAACGGAGCAUUCGUCCGACGCGAGUAUGCAGAAGAG